AUCCUACACGCCCCCCAAAAAAAUCCGCAGGCACACCUGAAGGCGCGAGCAGGAAAUGGAAUACGGACAUGAGCCCGUGCUGACGUGAUAAGAAGGGGGAAAGAAGAAAGGGACCACGGCGCCGUGGUGUGUUCGUCGCCUCAUGUGCCCGUCCGUUGCUGGUUCGUUCCUGCUCGCGGAAAGGCGGAGGCAGAUGCCAUCAUCCGGUUGAGGAAUGGAGACCGCGGCGGCGAAGGCGGCCCGGCUGGCACGGAGCAGCCUGGCUGCGGCAGCUCCGUGCCCGGCGGCGAACGGCGGCGUGGUCGUCUUCUUCGCGGCGCUUGUCGCCGGGGCUCUCGUCACCGCCUCCUGGAUGUAUGCCAGCGCCAGAUUACAGGUCACUCCGAUCAGUCCUGUCGGUACCCCAACCUUAGCGCACGAUGCCGCAACGGGGCCGGAGCCAGCGCCGGCUCCGCCACGGUUCACCGACGCCGGCACGAAGAGCACGAACCAGACACCGGCCAAUUUCGCUCCACCGCCUCGUCCUCCUGAGCUGCCACCCGCGCCGUCCCCCGCCGGUGCAGCAGCGCCAGCCCCGCGGGAGUGCCCGGCCUACUUCCGGUGGAUCCAUGAGGACCUGCGCCCGUGGCGCGACACGGGUGUCACGCUCGACGCCGUGGAGGGCGCGCGCCGGUUCGCGCCCAAGUUCCGGGUCACCGUGGUCGCGGGCCGCCUCUACGUGGCGCGCUACGGCCGGUGCUUCCAGACACGGGACGUGUUCACUCAGUGGGGCAUCCUGCAGCUGCUACGGCGCUACCCCGGCCGCGUGCCCAACCUCGACCUCAUGUUCGACUGCGAUGACCUGCCCGUCGUCGGCGCCGCCGACCGCCACCACCCCCAUCUGCCGCCGCUGUUCCGGUACUGCGGCAGCGAGGCGACGCUGGACAUCGCCUUCCCUGACUGGUCGUUCUGGGGUUGGCCUGAGCUCAACAUAAAGCCAUGGGAAGCGCUGCGGAGGGAGAUAGAAGAAGGGAACACCAUGGUGAAGUGGACGGACAGGUCGCCGUACGCGUACUGGAAGGGGAACCCGAACGUGGGCGCCGGACGCCGGUUCCUCCUUAGGUGCAACGCGUCCGGCAAGCGUGACUGGAACGCGCGGAUAUACGCGCAGGACUGGGGGAAGGAGCUGCGGCAAGGAUUCAGGGAAUCAGACCUGUCCAAGCAGUGCACGCACAGGUACAAGAUUUACAUCGAGGGGCGGGGCUGGUCGGUGAGCGAGAAGUACAUCCUGGCGUGCGACUCCGUGGCGCUCAUGGUGCGGCCGAGGUUCCACGACUUCUUCUCCCGGGGCCUGGCGCCGCUGCGGCACUACUGGCCCGUGGUCCGCGACCGCGGCAUCGCCAUGUGCCGCUCCAUCAAGUUCGCCGUGGACUGGGGCAACGCCCACACGGACAAGGCGAGGGAGAUCGGCGGGAACGCGAGCCGGUUCGUCCGGGAGGACCUGGCGAUGGAUCGCGUCUACGACUACAUGUUCCACCUCCUGUCAGAGUACGCGAGGCUGCUGCGGUACAGGCCCGCGGUGCCGCGCGGCGCCGCGGAGGUGACCGUCGAGUCCAUGAUGCGGGGGAGGCGCGGGCUGGUGGAGAGGCAGUUCAUGAUGGACACGGUGGAGGUGGACGGCGCCGGCGGCGAAGGCGGCCCCUGCAGGUUGCAGCCGCCUUUCAGUGCCCAAGAGCUGGAGGCGCUGCGAAAAGAGAGGGCGGAUGUGGUGAGGCAAGUGGAGGCGUGGGAGAAUCAUUGACACUGUCGACGCACGUAGAGCGUAGACUAGAAUACAAAGGGUAACAAGACUUUGUAAGAAUUUUGAUGAAUGAUAGGCAAUAUACUUUGUUAAGAUUUAAAAUCUUAAGCGGUCUGAUGAAUAUAGCGUAAGAUGAAAUUUUGUUGGGAAA